AAAGGUACACUCGGAUGAAACGUAUGAGAAUUAUCGAAAAACCUUAUCAAUACAGUUUACUUUAAAGCUUAUUAACGUAUUUUGCAGGAGGAUGUUACGGAACAGCAAACAUUUGAAUCCUUGGCUUCAAGUUUUCACCAAAGUUUUAGUAAGCCGGACCACUUUCGAGUUGGCUGUGCAUUGGUAAUGCUACUGCAACAAUACGAUCUGCUCCCUGGUAAAACCCAGCGAUUGGCUGCUAUAUUUCUACUGUAUGAAAUGUAUCGAAAUGAUCCACCAGCAUCAAAUCCUUUUGCUACAGUGUUUGUGCAUCUUUUGCAUUCAUCAGAAGAAGAAUCGGGAAAGAAGCAGGAACCUCGAAUAAUAAUGCCUUCACUGUCAAAUCCUGAGAAAUACUUCUUGUCCCAGUUAAUACUCAUGCCAUCAAAAGACUUAUUUAAGAAAACUCCAACACAAAUAUUGAGUAUGGACACUGGAAGCAUGCAGUCUUUUGAUAUAAGUGGACUGCAGUUGGCUCUAGCAGAAAAGCAAUCUCAGAUGACUCAAAUGAGCAAGUCGGGCAUACCUGUGGUUAUAUCUGAUCCUGAUACCAGAAACAGUGGUGAUCCAACAGUGGAAAAAGAUUCAGAGAGAAAAACGGCUGAAUUUCUUCUAACAGGUCCAAAUGCUCCCAUGGAACAGUGUUUCAGACCCGAGUUUGUUCGUUUGGCUCCACCCCUACAUGUGUGUGAAGAUGAGCUGGUGUGGAUGAAUCCCACUCAGAAAGCAGAUCACAAAGUAACCUGGGAUACGUCGAUGUGUGUCAGUAAUGCUGUCGGGGUUGAAGCUAAAAGACUAAUGGCUAAAGCAUUUCGUGGUUCCUUAUCAUUGGCCCAACAGUCACAGCUGCUGUCAGAGUUGAAGCAAGAUCCCAAGAUAGUUUAUCACAUAGGCCUAACCCCUGCAAAGCUGCCAGACCUAGUAGAGAAGAAUCCUUUAAUAGCAAUUGAAGCUUUACUUAAGUUGAUGCAGUCUAACCAAAUUACUGAGUAUUUUUCGGUGCUUGUCAACAUGGAGAUGUCUCUUCAUUCGAUGGAAGUAGUCAACAGAUUGACAACUGCUGUCGAGCUACCUACUGAGUUUGUUCACCUUUAUAUUUCCAACUGUAUCUCCACUUGCGAGACAAUCAAAGACCGUUACAUGCAGAACAGACUAGUAAGGCUCGUCUGUGUGUUCCUUCAGUCCCUGAUUCGAAACAAGAUAAUAAACGUUCAGGAUCUAUUUAUUGAAGUCCAAGCAUUUUGCAUUGAAUUCAGUCGCAUCAGAGAAGCAGCUGCUUUGUUUCGGCUUCUAAAGCAGCUGGACAGUGGUGAGGGAGUUUUACCACAAGGACAGACACCUGUCACUGAACCAAGUAAAUGAUUAGAGAGAGAUGGUAUUGUAAUGAACACAAUGUGAAAAUAUUCUGAAAUAUUUAUAAAUGUUUCUUUUAGAAGAAACUUAGGUAAAGUGCUACACAUGACUGGGAUCUGACAAAACAUUCAACCUUUACUGAUGAAAUAUGCUGAGUAUCUUUAAUUAGCAAAUUUGUUCUUUUUAAGUGUUGUUAGUUAGGGUUUAUUUGAUGGUAAGAAGUCAUUGGCCAAAACAAAGCCCUAUCUCUUAUUUCUUGGUAUCUUGUAUUUUAUUCCCACUUGUUGUUGAUAAAAGUAAAGUAUUAUUUUCUAUGAGAAAUAAUUGGUGUUUAAAUUAAUAAAUCAUUAGCUAAGUGGUUAAGGUUUGGUCCCUGAUGUUUUGUAUAAUCCAGUAAUGUAGUAAACAAAAGAUAAAUUCCUUUAUUAUAGUAAACAGAAGAUGUUACUUUCAUGAGUACCUAUAAUGUAGUAAACAGAAAAUGUUGCUUUCAUAAAAACCUGUAAUGUAGUAAACAGAUGUUUACUUUCAUAAAUCCCUAUAAUGUAAUAAACAGAAGAUGUUUCUUUCAUAAAAGCAUACCUAUCAACUAAUUUUGGUGUCUACCUUUAGUUAAUACCAUGAAAACCCAUAAUUUUAUUAAACUACCCAGAGGAUUGUGUGACAGCACAUUCUUUGAUGUAUAAUUUCUAACAUAUAAAGCUAUCAUGAUUACGUACUGUGCAUUUAGGCAUAGCUUUACCCACGACUGGAGUGGGUAAUCACCCAAGAUUCUAAUUUUCUCAUGUACUUUUAUACUUUCUCAGGAAUUUUCUUCUUCUUUCACGAAGUUGCCAUUUUGUAAGAAUAAAGUUAUAAAUUUGAUAUUAUGUGUAAUGAAUGAUACAGUGGUAUAUCACUGGUAAUGGAAUUACGGUAACGACGUAUCAGUCUUUUGGCAUCCAGUCCAGCUUUCUGGAGGUGUAUGUAGUUAAGUUGGAAGGUCUUGAAAAUAGAACAUCUAUGCCUAACAACAAAAUAAAUAGCAUGAGAAAUAUGAUCUGGGUCUAAACAUAUUAUUGAGUGGUAGGGAUUAGAAGAUGUAUGUCUGAAGGUAAAAUAAUACAGAUGUAGGUGUCGUGGAUGGUAAUAUAACUGAAACAAAACAAAACUUUAAUAGAAUAAUUUUAAACUAGACUUUAACAUGAACAGCUUAAUGAGAUGUGAAAGUUAGAUAAUAUAACUGAAACAAAACUAGGUUUCAGUAAAAUAAUCUUUAGGUAUUAAAGAUAUCAUGCAAGCUUCUGGGGUCUAGAAUGUCUUGAGAUUUAUUAAUUAGACUUUAAUUUCUUAUGAAAGCUUAAGAUCAAACCUCUGUAAUGAAGACAUUUUCUGAAACAACCAUCUCCGAUAAAAAUUUACUAAGGGUUCUGUGUAAAAGUCACACAAAUGUGUGAGUUUCUAAGAUAAAUGUCAUUGAACAUCUACGACUUAUUAAUCAAUUUGAAAUACGUAGAAAUAUCUAACAAACAAAACAGAUUAGUUGCACAAAGUAAAAAAAGAAUUAUUGUGCAACAUUUUAAUGAGUGAACGAUGUUAUGGUAUCACGACAACUUGUACACUGUAACUUUUUUUCUGCUGUUUUAAAUGUUCUCUGUUUGUGGGUGAGUAAUAGUUUUGACUAACUUUAAUUCCAAUGCAGGCAAUAAACUGAUGCUUAAACUUUGAAGUGUAACCAGAGCUAAGAUAAUAAAGUGAUUGUUGAAUUUUUA